CGGGGGCGAGGAGGAGGGGCCGGCGUGGGGCUCCCCGCGGAGGGCGCCACGCCUGCGGUCCGUUCCACAGGGCCACCCGCGGAGCAUGGCCGGCAGAGGCGCAGGCAGCGGCCCGCAGCCGUCCGCCGUGGCGCAGCCGCUCACCGGCGGUCACUUGUACCCUUUCGUGAGCACGGAGAGCGAGGGGCCCGAGGAGGAGGGUGAGCUGUCGGAACUGCGGCCGCGGGGCAGGGAGAAGGUCCGGCGGAGCGCGUCGAGGGACAGGCUAGAUGAUAUAGUCCUGCUGACGAAGGACAUCCGGGACGGGGACACGCUGAACGCGAUCGCGCUGCAGUUCUGCUGCUCCGUUGCAGAUAUCAAGAGAGUUAACAAUCUUAUCAACGAUCAAGAUUUUUUUGCCCUGAGGUCUAUCAGAAUUCCAGUGAAAAAGUUCAGUGUAUUGACUGAAACCCAUAUAUCUUCAAAAGGAAGACCAGCUCUUCGGCCUGCUCUGUGUUCCCCAGAAGUACAGGAAACAUCUCUUUGUGAUAAAUUCUCUGCUAAUGAGACUGCUGGCAACUUCUUAAAAGAAGUCGAUCGAGAUAUAGAAGAAAUAGUGAAGUGUAAUGAUACAAAGAGAGAGAAUCUGAAUGAAGUUGUUUCUGCUUUAGCAGCCCAACAGAUCUGUUUUGAAACUGAUGGUAAAACUAAAAAAUGCAAGGAUCCUUACUAUGGAGCAGACUGGGGUAUAGGAUGGUGGACAGCAGUAGUGAUAAUGUUGAUUAUUGGCAUAGUAACUCCAGUUUUUUAUCUCCUGUAUUAUGAAGUUCUAGUGAAAGCAGAUGUCAGUCACCAUUUUCCAAUGGAAUCUUCUCAUUUGUUUGUCACAGCAGUAUCACAUCAGAAAGAAACAGAAAAUGGAAUAAAUCCAACAAAUAUUAUGAAAGUUGAUAAUCAAGGAGACCUUCAGCAUUAAUAGUGGAAGACCCUAGACAACUGUUGUUUGUAGAUAACAUAGGUAAAGGGGAAUCCACAGAAUGCAAAAUGCACUUGGAAUGCAGAGAAAUGUACUGAUGUGUGACUUGCCUAUAUGGGCAGUGUUCCACAACAAGGAUAUUUCUGGGGAUCACAUAAUCUGAAUAUGCCUGAGAUAGACAAUUUACAAGACUGGGUUGUAUAUUAAGGUAUGAAGUAAUCUCUAAAGCUUUGCACCUUUUUCUGUUUUGAUAGGCAUGUUUCUUAAUUAAUGAUGAGGUGAAAAAAUAUAGUUCAAACUAACACACAAGGAGUCUGUGUUUUACAGCCCAGAAGUGGGCAUAUGGGGAUAGCUAACGUUUAAACAUCUGAAAGUAUUUACAGAAUUCAUAGUACGCUUGACAUUUUAAUAUCAGGUUUACAGUUCUAAGUUUAAGUGGUGUUCUCAUAAUUUAAUCUUUCCUAUAGAGUAACAUUUCUUUUAAAACUCAAUAAUUCCAUAAUUAUUAGCCAACAUGAAGUUCUUUUUUACAGAGGCAGUAGCAAACACUUAAAACUGGAAUCUUAAAAUCUUGUGCCUAUAGUCAACCCAUUCUUUAGUACUUUUCAGUAUAGGCACUAGGGUAAUUUGUUUUCUCUGUGGUUCUGUGCUUCAACACAGUCCACUUAGGAGUCCUCUUGAAAUUUUACAUUGUUCCGUGGUAUUCUGCUGAAAACUGACUGGACUGCAUUCUCAUCUGGUCACUUGUGUGUAGAAUGAAAGAAGUGCUAGGUGUGGCACAUUGCUUUAACUGCCCCAAUAGUCCUUAUUUUCUGCUAAUAGAUUUAUCUUUUUCCCCUUCCAGUUAAUCUCAGUUCAGGACCAACUGAUUCUUCAGAUAGCAGUCAUGUGGGUACUGAGCAUACUUACACUGCUCUUGUGCCCAUGAACCUCAAGCUCCUAACUUUUCCCUGAAAUGUCCUAGAAGACUUCAAAUGAUAUUUAAUGCCUGCUAGCAAAUUUGAGCAGAAUAGACAACUUGUACUACAGAUUUGUACUUUACAUCUUCGUGUAUUUAUUAACCAAUCCCCUCUUGAAUGUUUCUCUUGGAGUUUCAUGAUCAACCUUGGUUUUUCCCCUCUUUUUCUUCCCCAUCUAAAAAUGCUUCAAGAUAAAAAACAAACAAAAAAACCCAUAAAAAACAUAAAUAAAGCCCCACACCUCUGGACUCUUCAUACAGAAAGGAGGUACUUGUGUACUCAGAGUACUUUUAAAUAAAAACUGAGAUGGUGCCUAUAAUUAUUUUGGUUAUAUUUGCCUUGUGGAGUAAGAAUUCCAUUGCCCUGUUCAAAACAGUAUUUAUUACCAAAACCCAGGAUAACAAACUUGAUCAGGACUUAAAAAUAAGUGGAAAAACAGACAGCAUCCUUUAAACUAGUAUUGUAAUUUUUUUAAUGAAUGUCUUGACUAAGUAUAUGCAGUACAAAAAGGUAAAGUGAAUAUGUUCUAACUGUUGAGGUAUUCCAAAAUGCUUUGUGAGAUUCUGAGAGUGAAAACUUAGGCCCCAUUUAUUCUUGGAGCACCUGUUUCCUCAAGAAGUGGAGCAGAGAGUCUUCACUGGCAUGCCAAGUGUAUGAACAAGAAUUGCUUAACUUGUAUUAUUUUGAAAUUGAGGCAGGCCAAAGCUUGAAGGAAAAUGGUGUAAAGUUAGGUGCCUGAACUAUGUUACCGUUGAACCUUUUGAUUAAAGGAGCAUCUGUGGAGAUCAUGAGCCUACUCAUAGUCUCCACACUAGAAAAGGGAUUACAAACAGCAUGAACUUGAUGGUUUGCAUAACACUUGUUUUCAAAGAUCCUUUCAAAUAGUAGUUAUUUUCUUUAAGCAAAUAUGCCUGUAAGACAAACACUGAGGUAGCAGUUCUUCAUGCAAAAAUGCUUCACAAAAUAAUUUAUGGUGGCUAAAGCGAUACAGCUCUCAUGGUUAAAACUUUAAAAGGUGACUCACUCUGACAAGAAAGCUUUGGCACAUAAAAAACAAAUGCUUUCUAUAUGGGAUGAAAUUUGGUAUAUAAUGCAUAAUUUUUUUGCUGCAUAAUUUUAUUGUUUUCCUUCUCCCAUCCUGUUGCUGAAACUCACCAGUUCUAAUACUUUAUCAUUCCAAUUCUUAUGGAUUCAUUAAAGAACAUUAAAUUAGCUAUUGUGAUGAUGCAGCAUAAGCCUAAUAUAUAACACAUACCUGGACUGAUGGUUACUAAAUUGCUGUUGGUACAGAAAUUAACUUAACUGUGGUUGUGGUUCGACUAGGUCAGGAAGGAUUCUGACCUGUUGAUGUAUGAAUACAGAAGUCUCUGGUGGUACAGCUGAAGAGUCCUCUAGUGUGUCCCAGACUUCGGGCUUUUACAGUGUCAAAGACCUGUGGCUUACUGGCACUGAGUUAAGGGUGAUGUGCCUUCAUUUACCUUAAAAUAAGCAAUCUUCACAGAAACACAAAGGAAUAGCUAUUUUAUGGGACCAUAUUCCAUACCAAGAGCCUGGUAUGUUUUUACAUAUGUAUUAUGUAACAUAUUUUAUACAGUACAUUUUUAAUUAGAGUUAACUUUAUCAGAAGAUACAGUAGAACUCUUUUCAAGACUGUAGGACUCCUGAUCCUGGUAAUCUACAACCAUCAGCUGGCUUGCCUUUCUGCAGAAUGUGGGGAUCUUUACAGUUUUUUUCCAAAGUACAAUACAGCCAGUAAUUCAUCAUCACAGCCUAGAAUAAACCAGAUAACUGCUUUGUGAGGAACUUAAAUCUUAUUCGAGAUAAAAUCCGUGAAGGUAGUCUUCUAGAAAUUGACUUCUUAAACAAACAAACAAAACCAAAGACAAAUAAACAAAAGAAACCCCAAAAGCAAACAAAAAAGGGCCAAAACCUCCACAAACAUGGAAUAAUUGAGUUGUAAAUCACCUUUUGGAAUAAUUGCAACACAUUCAGUUUUAAACUUAAGUGCAUACUGCACUGCUGGAUCAUAAAAAAAUCUAAAUGUUUCAAGUCUGGUGUACUACUUCGGAAUAAGUUCUCACAAAUAGUCUUUGUAACUUGUAUAAGGGCUGAAAAUACAACUAUGUGAAAUACUUCUGAGUGAGGAUGCAAGUCUUAUUUUAAAUACUUCUGCUCCUCUGCUUUUAGAAAAACGUAAGUAAUAUAUGUAAAAUAAAGAUUUUAUUUUAGACUGCAGUGAAAAUGGUGCAUCUAAUAUAUUUUUAAUUCUAUGUAUUUUGCAUGUUUUAUUACAGCAGUCUACUACUUGUGUUUGUUUAGGCCAAUUUUUAUGUAUGGUCUACAAUAAAAAUCCUUAGCCAGCAAGUACUUUGUUGGCAGUAUUCAUAUCUAGCAUACCAUAAUUGCAGCCUUUAUUCUGUUCAUGCCUUGUAAACUUUGAACUUCUCUGCAUAAAUUUUGGAGAACACUUUAGUUCUUAGAAAUAGGUAUGAACAAGUAAGGGAGGGAUCAGUGAAGUUCUUAGACAGUGAGAUGACACUGAAAGCAAUAUUCUUCUGCGCUAUAAAUUAGGAUUUGAAUAUAUGCAUGUCCAAAUUUGAAGUUUGCUGCAGUCUAAAGAACAGACAUAAGUUUUACUGGCAUUAUGGUCUUGCAAUAAAUUCUAAGCAAUCAGAAAAUCAGCUGCUAAGCAGAGGUGUGAGUAUUACAGCUCUGGAAGAGCACAGUCUAACUGCU